AUGAAUAAAUUAACUGCAAAUCCACUCCUAACACUUAUCCUUAUAUGCAUAGUCAUUAGAUCAUCACUAUUAAUAACCCUCAAUUGUCAAUUCAUCGACCUAGAGUUCUGCUCAUCAUCGACAUGCGUUCAACAGUGCAAAGCAGUCAACUUUAUAAUCACAAAACCAAACCAAACAGUCACAAAAAUAUUCACAAAUAUUCCUAAAAUUGAGGAAAUCAAAGUCCUCAAGAUGCAUGACCAGAUUAUUCAUCAUUUACCGACCAGCUUAGAGAAUUUCUUCCCAGAACUGAAUGUAUUGCAAAUUUGGUCAUGUGGAUUAAGGUCACUGUCACAAAAUGACUUAAAAGUAUUUGAAAAUUUGAAUGAAUUAAGCGUGUCUGGAAAUGAAAUUGAAGUUCUGCCUUCAGAUUUAUUUUCACAAAAUUCAAAACUUACAAAAAUUGACUUCAGCAGGAACAACUUAAAGCACAUUGGAUUCAAUCUUUUAACGCAAAUAGAUAGUUUAUAUUUUGCUGACUUUUAUCAAAAUUUCUGCAUCAGCGAUGGAAGUCGAAGCAGAAAGACAGAUUUGAUUAAAAAUUUAAGGAAAAGCUGCAAACCAACUCAAGAAAUGCUGAUCGAAGAUCUGACAACAUUAAAUGAGGAAGUCAAAAUGAUGAAAAAUGAACUCAAAGCAUGUGAGAAAGUGCAUAGAAGUCGACGAUGUGGAGAUGAUGAUAGAGGCAGAAUUGUUGGAUUGGAUUCACUUUUUCCAUCGAUUUUCGCAACUAAGGCUACAUAUUAUGAAGUCAACUUGGACAGAGUUGAGCAAAUACACGCGAAUACAAAAUUUGAAGACUGGUCAGGAUUAAAAGCUAGAAAAGUCAAUAAAACGCGAUCAUUGAAUGGCGACAUUUAUUUCUAUAAAGAUUUUGGUGACGAAGUGAUUGUGAAAAUUGAAGCUUCAAUUAAAAGAGGUGGAGUUUAUCAAAUGCUGCCUUACAGGAUACCAGAGAAGCCACUUUGCAAAUUUUAUAUGGAUGAAGAAUAUUUUUAUAAGGAACUAGCUGAAAAUUCAGAUUUUCCAAAAGAUGUUAAAACUGGAUGUCCAUUAAAAGCUGGCAAAUAUUCAUGGCGAUCGGUGAUUUUUAAUCUUGACAGUAUUCCAAGAGCUUUAAUAGUUUCUGGUGACUAUUCAGGGGAUUUCAUUCACAUUUUGGAUGGCGAAGAAAUUCUGCGAAUGCGAUUUUUUGCAAGCGUGGUUGCAGCAUAA